AUGGUUACUCUUUACUACUGGCUAGCUGCGUCUCUCGCUGUCAAUGAUCCGUUUUACGCCGUGCCAGAAAAUAUAAACACAUUAUCUCCCGGCGAAAUAAUAAGACACAGAGAACCGCCUUCGCGGAUAUCCGCUUACGGAUGGACUCCAGCUCAUGUGCAUAAAGCCUAUCAGAUUCUAUAUCGGACAACAGAUAGCCAACAGAAUCCUACUGCGGCUGUUUUGACAGCUCUUAUCCCUCCCGACGCCGAAUAUGAUAAGUUGGUAUCUUUGCAAAUGGCUGAGGAUUCUGCUACGAUUGAUUGCGGUCCAUCUUAUACGAUGCUCGUUUCAGCGCAGAGCAAUCCACUACUCACUUCCAAUAUCACGCAGCUUCAGUUGUUAUUCGCAGAGGCGGCGCUCGCUCAGAAAUGGAUUGUCAUCGUACCGGAUCAUGAGGGGCCAAAAGGAUCAUUUACGGCAACUAAAAUUACUGGCCAUGCAAUUCUCGACGGCAUCCGAGCUACGCUACAGUCGAAUCACAUCACGGGAAUUGAAUCGAACCCAAAGAUAGGGCUAUGGGGAUACUCUGGAGGAGCUGCUGCCACUCAAAUAGCAGUAGAGAUGCAAGAGCUUUAUGCACCUGAGCUGGAAAUCGCCGGUGCCGCCAUGGGGGGACUUUCAAGUAUCGGAGAUGCGAGUGAUAUCUUUAGCAUCAACAAGGGACCCAGUGCAGCGCUCAUACCAUCGGCGAUGCUUGGACUGGCGAGUCAGCAUCCGGAUCUACAGAAAUCUAUUGAACAGUCCCUGAAACCUCAGUUUCGAGAGGCCUUCUACAGCCCGUUGCACCAGUGUCUACAAGCAAGCACAUCGGUGUUUUCAAACCAGGAUAUUCUGGCCAUGUUUCAUGAUGAUUCGAUACCAAGAUUGACAACAGAGCUCAAUAAAGCAUGGAACGAAGAAACUGAUGACGACGAUUCCAAGAUUAAAGCUCCAAUGUAUGUCUAUCAGAGCGUCAUUGAUCACCUCUCUCCCAUUCAAGGUAUAGACGCCUUGGUGCACGACUAUUGCGAUCGGGGUUUCGCGGUCCAUUAUGAAAGAGCCAACUCGUCGAACUUGAGUCACGUCAAAUAUGGAGUUGUUGGGGUGUCGAAAGCAUUAUCGUGGUUGCAGGAUCGGCUUGACGGGAUUGAGGCGUGUCGUGGCUGCGUAAAUCACACAGACACUACUUCGACACUUGAUCCGCGUGUUGCUGCCCUUUAUCCUAAAAACAUUUCCGAUGCUUUAUAUGCAUUAGUUAAUGCUUAA